AUGUCUUUGAUCUUUCAAAACAGUGACAUUUGUCUUGCUGGUGUAAACCUCAAUGUUGGGACCAGCGAGUCGACCAGAUACUGUGUAAGGUGUGGGGGCGACCCCCCUCCAGUACCCUCUUCGAGCAUUGUGACCAAGGAGGUUUCCUCAACGCUCCCACAAGAGGCGACUGCGGCGCGGCAGAGAGCUGGGAAGAAGACAGCUAUCACCGGCGCGGCACGCGUUCCAUCCUUGAGAAACCUCAAAUCCGCGAAGGCCGGAUCGGGGUCCACGCCUUGA